AUGUUUAUCCACCUCUCUACUUCUUUCGUUAUGCUCCUCGGCCUGACGGCCCUUGUCAGCGCUGGAGUGCCACUUCCUCGUGAAAACGGUGACAAUGUCGGGACAUCCAAAACUGUUGAAGCCCACGCCGAAACUUUCACGAAGCAACCUGAUGCCCGUGCCGAAACUUUCACCAAGCAACCCGAUGCCCGUGCCGAAACUUUCACGAAGCAACCUGAUGCCCAUGCCGAAACUUUCACCAAGCAACCGGACGCCCGCGCUGAACCCACCCCAUUUGCCCGCGCUGAAACUUUCACGAAGCAACCUGAUGCCCACGCUGAAACUUUCACGAAGCAAGCUGAUGCCCGCGCCGAACCUACCCAAAAGUAA